AUGAGAUUCUCAUACCUUCAAUCCGGGCUCACGCCGCGGGUCACUCAUUCUACAUCCCGUCGCGUUUUAUCCAGCUCGGCACCAGCCCAAGCCUGUUCUUCGGGCCAUUGCAGGAAGCCCGGUCAAGAGCAACCCAGUUCAGCCUCUGCCAGCGGCCAAUUGGCGGUCGCAACGUCUCAGCCAUUACGGUCAGCCUGGAUGAUGGACUUCUGGACGUGCAGGUCUACGUGGAAGCGCGCCGGCCUCAAUACUCUGCGCUGUCUGGUCGGCUGCACCGCCGGCGACUUCUCCGCAUUAUGGAUGCUUCAAACCUACUAUCUGGACCUCGGGAUGGGAACCAUCAUGAUGGCCUCCAUGGCCAGCGGCAUUACGACUUCGAUUAUCCUCGAAACGAUUCUUCUCCGGCGCGGAGCGGACCAGCUGUCGUGGCCCCUGGCGGCACGCACUGCGAUGGGCAUGAGUAUGGUCUCGAUGGUAGCUAUGGAGAUGGCUGAAAAUAUGGUGGAUUACCACUUGACCGGAGGCCAGGUCAAUCUUGAGGACCCGCAGUUCUGGAUGGCGGCGGUCUUAUCGAUCGGUGCUGGUUUUUUCGCCCCCUUGCCAUACAACUAUCUACGCUUGCGCAAGUAUGGAAAGGCGUGUCAUUAA